AUGGAAUCGCGGAACAAAGGCCACGCACAUGGCCAUGUGCUAGAUGAAACACCAGAUGCACGGACAGAUCCCCGAUUAGCUGUGAUCCACGAUCAACAAGGCAAUGCGGAAGAGAGCCACAUAAUCACGGCUUCCGAGUCCCCCGGCUCCAAGCAUGCUUCAACCAAGCUGCCGGACCCAUGGGCACUACGAGACUCGCCGACGCCGUUGUCGCCAGAGGCGCCGGCAGCUCCUGCGGCGGAGCAGCCGUCACUCCGCGUACCUGUGGGAUUUCGUGGGCCGCAGCCCCACGAGGAUGAUGCGCAAGAUACAGCACCUGCGCCCACGUGGAUACCAUAUGCUUCUAGCGUUGGCGCCCUUGGCACUGUACCGAAUGUACCGAUGAACAAAAAUGGAUGGCGAUAUGUAGCGGCUGGUCCAGCUGCACAUCGCCUCCCACGCACUGUCUACCGAGCAAUAGACAUGGCACCUGCGUGUGUGCACUGGUCAUGGCAGGACCGCAGUGCGUUUACACGCAUUAGUCACGACGCAUCGAUCGUCGGCACGGACAAAGGAUACCGCAGUGCACGUACGAAUGUCGGCGUGCGGCACGGCGCGUGGUACGUCGAAGUCGAGGUGCUCUCUCCGGAUGCAUCAAGUGAGCCUGCGACUCCUAUGCGAGAUGGUGCGCAUGUCCGUGUAGGCUGGGCACGUCGUGAGGCGUCGCUCAAUGCACCUGUUGGCUGCGACGCGUACAGCUACGGUUUUCGCGAUCAAAAUGGCGCUUGUGUGACACAGUCACGCCUUGUUUCAUUCGGACGUGCAUUCGGCCCAGGGGAUGUGGUCGGCAUGUACAUUCGCUUGCCCGACAGAGAUGCGCCGUUGCCUCGUGGAACGGAGCAUGGUAUAGCACAGAAACGCAUUCCCAUCCGCUACAAAGGUCAGUUGUAUUUUGAGAGCCUGGAAUAUGCACCGACACGUGAAAUGGAAGCUCUGAUGGACGAGCAGCGGCGCACGGGUGCCGUAUGGACAAGUGAGCCGCGUGCACGAGCUGGUGUCACCACUACGGUCGGAGCAGGCGGACCCACGGGUGCCGGACCAAGUUCGGCAGGUCCCUCAGCACGAGGAGGAGCUGCGGCACAAGCAGGCAGUCCAGGUUCGGCUGCUGCGGCGAUUCCACGGCUCGAAGAUAGCUGCAUUGGGUUUGUCGUCAAUGGCGAACCACAGGGAAUUGCGUUCGUCGAUAUGUAUGAUUUCCGGCCCCCCGCAUCCCGUGCACAUAACAAGAAACGUAAAGAGAACCAAGGGAUCACGCCCAACACAAGUGCAAGCACCGUCAUCAAAAGCCGACAAAAUACUAUGGACGAUGGCAUGCUUGGCUACUAUUGCAUGGCAUCCAUGUACGGUGGUGCUCGGGUCCGCCUCAUUACGUCGAAUUUCAAGUUCCCGCCGCCAGCUGAUCUAGAGGAUUCAUUAUGGCGUGCGGGCGCAGCGCCCAAUAUUCGACACCACCGACAGCAUGCAGCACCAGCAUGGCGCCCACUAGCAGAAAGAUACGCUGAAGCAUGGACGGAGGCGAUGUUCCUCGAUGAGCAAGAGGAUCAACGUGUAGCAUCGACUGAUGGGACAUAG